UGGCUAUAUAAACUAGGUUUGAUACACUUUAGAUUAGUGCAUCGUAGUGACCCGUGGAUAACAAUUAUGAGAGCUGUGAUAAUACUUUGUGCGCUAUUAGCGUAUACGUCAGGCCAGUUCAAUAGGCAGUACUACCAACCAGGUGUGUUUUACAGGAUACUCAGUCAGACACAAGACGGGCCUAAUGUUGAUGGAUCAUACAGAUGGAGAGCUACGAUACCGAGAACGGCAUUUCGGCCGAGGAGGAGGGUCACGUGAAGGGAUUCGGUGCCCAAUCUGAAGCCAUGGAGGCCAGGGGCGGCUUCAGGUACACAGCCCCAGAUGGCACGCCGAUCGCGCUGAGCUAUAUCGCGAACGAAAACGGAUUCCAGCCAACGGGAGCCCACUUGCCAACACCACCACCUAUACCGCCAGCGAUCCAGAGGGCUUUGGCUUACAUCGCAGCCAAUCCGAAUCCGAGAUAUCAACAAUACGAUGAUGGAAGGUUUUGAAGAAGAUGUAGGCUAAUAUCAUAAUUUGCUUGAUCCAUAAAACCAUAUUUGUUGAUAUCCAGGAUGUAUGCAAUUGUAGAUUAUAAUUGGAGCAAAAACAAGUCUGCCAAAGUUUCCCUUCUUUCAAGGUUCAGUACCUGCCACAAUGAAGCUGAAUAUGGAUUUGUUGAACAAGCAUCAAUAAAUAUUAUCUCAAAAUAGUUAGUGCAUUUGCAUAUAUUAGUUCGCUGUAGCCUAAGAAAUAUUCUCCGAGCUGUUUGUUUCUUGAACUAUAAUAACCAUAAAGCUGUCUACUUCAAAUGUCACUCACUAAUUCAGGCUAUACGUAUCAAAUAUCUCCUCAAAAAAUCCUUUGCUGAAUAGAGUGCCGAUAUAGGUAUUAUUUACAACUGCUUUUUGUAUAUUUCAAAAUUACUGUUGAGAUGUCAAACGUUAUCUACAUUGGUCAGCUUAGGUGUAAUUAACAUCAUUUAUUAUUGAGUUAUCUGUAAUUACUGUCAAUUUUCAAAUGCCUGUAUUAUUAACAUGCUUUUAAUAACCCUGCAAUACACUUAUUGAAUUUUGUAAGUAUAUUAUCCAUCUUUUAAGAUUAAACUAAGACUACUUUACUUGCUAGUGGGAUGUUUUUGAAGCUACAGCAUAAACCCGGCCAGGCCAUGUCCAAGGAACCUCUCAGUUUACUGUUGAAUAUAAUAUUAUUAUGGCUGUUUUUACUAAUUUAUUAUUGUAGUUACCAAAAAUGUAGGACGCAUAUAAUAAAGUUUGGUGUUACAUCAUUCAUCAAGUGCCA